AUGAUUGUGAAUGAGAAUGCAAAGGAGGAGGUCAUCACAAAGGAGGAGGAACAAGAAGAGGUGGAGAGGAGGACAGAAGAAGAUUGUGACUGCUUCAGUGAACAGUCUGGAAGCAAACUGCUGAUUUUGGUGCUUUGCUUGAACAUCCAGUCAGAAGUGGAGUCUUGCCCCGGGGCGUGUGUAUGCUACAGUGAGCCGAAGAUAACAAUAAGUUGUCAGCAGCAAGGACUGACAGCAAUCCCCACCACGAUACCCAUCCAGAGCCAGCGCAUCUUCCUGCACAACAACAAGAUAACCCUCGUGAGGUCCACCAGCUUCACCUACUGCCGCAACAUGACGAUUCUUUGGAUCCACUCCAACAACAUCAGCCUCAUUGAGCCUGGAGCCUUCUAUGGGCUCAACAAACUGGAGGAGUUAGAUCUCAGUGACAACACAAACUUGAAAUCUAUCAACCCCGUCACCUUCCGCGGUCUUGUUCACCUCCACACCUUACACCUGGAUCGCUGUGGGCUCCUGGAGCUCUCCACAGGGCUUUUUCGAGGGUUGUUCUCCUUGCAAUAUCUCUACCUUCAGGAUAAUAAUCUUCAGAAUCUGCUGGAUGACACCUUCAUAGAUCUUGCGAACCUCACCUACCUGUUUUUGCAUGGUAACAAAAUCAGGAGCUUGUCAGAGAAUGUCUUUCGUGGGCUAAUCAACCUCGAUCGGCUGCUUCUGCACCAGAACAGAGUCAGCCUCAUUCACCGCCGGGCUUUCCACGACCUUGGGAAAGUGAUGACCUUGUAUCUAUUUAACAACAACCUGACGGUGCUCACGGGGGAAACCAUGGCUCCCCUGGUGUCCCUCCAGUACCUGCGCUUGAAUGGCAACCAGUGGAUCUGUGACUGCCAGGCUCGGUCGCUCUGGAAUUGGUUUAAGCAGUUUAAAGGAUCAUCCUCGGAGCUGGAGUGCCACCUGCCCCCCCGCUUGGCGGGGAGGGACCUCAAAAGGCUGCAGAGUGCUGACUUGGAAGGGUGUGUUGACUCCUUAAACCAGAUACGAACAAGUGUUUUUAGCACUAAGACCAGGUCUGGUAAACUGCCAACUGGGGUCCCCCCUCUGGGCUCCCACGAAGUCUCCUCCAAGUGUUGCCAGCCAGAAAUGGAUAAGUCUUUUAUUUAUGAAGCUAAAGGCAAGGCAGGUCCUUCCCACAGCAGCCGGCCAUCCUCCAACAACCCUCUCAAGGAUAAGGAGAACAUGUCCAAAACCAAGUACAUUGAGACAGACCGUUCCAAAAAUGGCAGCAACAAGCAGAUAAAUGAUUCCCCCUUUGGGACCUUCCCCAGCAUUGUAGACCCUCCACUGACGAAGUUGAGACCAGAAUUUCUAGAGCCUAUUGAACCUUCCACAGUCCCAACCAAAAAGAGACAGGGCUGCUCUAAAAAGAACAAAUCAAAGGCCCAGUGUCGCCUCACCCAGCAAGGAAACAGCUCCACGUUACAGCUCAGCCUAAGCCUUUUGAUCCCCCCCUUGGUGUGGAGCUUACUGUUAUUCUGCUAAAAUUAACUCUUUUCCUGGGCUGAUGACACUUUAAUACUAGACUUUUGCUGACCUCCAUAAAUGUUGCAAACAAAAACAAAAAAAAACUACCAUCCACCCUGAGAAAGCUUUGUUACACAAAAGUUAACUGGAUGCCUUUAUUAAAAACAAACAAACAAAAACAAAUCAAUCAAUCAAACAAACAAACACAAAACAAAUUAAAAAGACAAAUGCCAAGAUGUAUAUAAUUUAUUUGUCCUGAAACCUGUGAGUUAUACCUUUGGUCUUCGGAACUGCACUUGCCCACAAAGCAGCUUUUGCUACAGCAGAUGGUAAAGAAAUACGGUUUAUUUACAGGGGAGGGAGAAAAAAAGUGUAAGAAAUGCUCUGAAAAGAAUGUCUAAAAUCUCUUUGUAACUUGACAUCCCACUGAACAAUAUUGCAGGUUCCCAUUUGCAGAGGUAAUGAAUUUGAUGCUGUUUUAAUCCUAUGUUUAUGAAUAUUGCAGUUUUUCCGUAUUCAUUCCAUCACACCAUGUUUACGGGCAGCAUUUGUUAAAGAAUGCUGCCUUUCCUUCCCCAGAUGGCAGUAUCUAGAGAUAUGCGGUUUAUUUUACUUGUGUAUAAGUAUACGAAAAAAAAAAAUUAUAAA